AUGGGCAUGCUGCCGAAACUUUCAAGCAAGCUCGCCAAAUAUUCCUCCGCUCUAUGCCUUCUUCUUUUCUUCGCCGGAGCCGCCAAUGGGAUCAGGGAACGCUGGUUGCAUCAUACAACGGAUGGAAGCAUUCACUUUUUAGCCAUCGCUGUCGCCAUUGCUGUGUUGUUUUCUUUAGUUGCCUAUCUGUACGGUUACCGAGAUUUUGCUCGAGGAUUCUGUCAUCUGUGGAUAGGCUUUCUUUUCAGCGUGAUGUCCUUCACAGAGAUUGCAUUCGACCAUUUGAUAGACUCACUGCAUGAUUUAGACUCGACAGACAUUCUCAUAAUGACCAGCACUGGAGUACAUUGCUUCAGGAUUUUAUCUGAAAGGAUAUGCACCUCUCCAACGUAUGAAUCGAAAUUCAUGACUACUGAAGAGUUCUUGCUUCUCCUUGGAUUCCUUUCAGGUUCAACUGGAACAAUGUAUUUUGGUAGCAUGCUGACAAUCAUUUCUGCAGUUAUGAUGCAUUUAAUGGCCUUUCACAUGAAAUCAAGUGUUUCUCUUCUGAGUGCUGCCUUGCUCUGCUUUUUCGGUGGUGCGUAUUACUUUCCAGCAAGUGAGGUCAACUACAAUCCAUAUAUUUUAUCAGCUUUUAUCAUCUACCUUUCCUUCGAAUCACUGGUUGAUAUUUAUUUCUCUAGACUGUCCCUUUUGGAAACAUGGAAAAAGUUUAUCUUCCAAAGUAGAUGCAUUCAUAGAUUGCAGAUUCUUGCUGUGACUGUUCUAGAAGCACUGUUUUACAUGUUUAGUUCUCAGCUUAUUAAAGAUCCUGAACUUCCAGUCUACAGACUACCAAUAUUUGUAUUUUUGUCCGUACCAUGGGUGGUGUUUCAUUUUAUGUUUAUUGUAACUUGCUGGGGUUUCGUUGGAAAACUAGAAGAAUGCACAAGCAUGGUGAAUGCAAGGGGAGAGCUUAGUGACAAUAACAUGUCAGAGGUAAUGGCAUCUAAAGGUGUCCGCCACUUCUGUUUGGUGUCACAGAUGGUCACGCUAUACACACUGUCGUCAACAUCUCUCAUCAUAGCAUCAGCAUGGCAGGAAACAAACCCAGUAUUCAUUGGCAUGUUGUUGAUCAUUCUUCCUGUUGAACUGCUUGUGUAUGAUAUCCUCACAAAGCUUGGGAAGUCUGUGGGAGGAACAGCCAUUGGUUAUGCUGUGGUUGCACCUGCGCACAAGUACAGCUCAAGUGGUAAUGUUGUUGUUCUUGUAGAAAAUGCCUUCCAGGCAGUCAAUACUAAAGCAAUGGAACUGAUAAAUAUUGUGUCCAGAUUCUUUUCUGGUCACAUGAUUCACAACUUUGGAACAGACUUUUCAACAAGUGGGAUUUCAGCUGACUAUAUUGAAAAGAAAAUCACUUCAUUUUUUGAGCAACGCAUCCUUCCAGGCUUACACUAUGACACUUACAUUCUUUAUUACAGUGGACAUGUGACCAGUGAUGGGGAUUGGGCUCUUACGGAAAAUAAAACACUUUCAUUUGAAACAAUCUUGAAGUGGUGGAGAAACAAAAACUCAUCAACAGGAGCAAGGCUUCUUUUGUUUCUGGACACUGCUCACUCAGACAAAUGGGUAGAUGAUGUGUGGAAAGUUGAAAAGGACUUCAUAGCAAUCCAAACUGGAAAAUUAACUGCUUCUUUUGAUGAAGAACAGGGAAAUACAUUUCCCUUGGGUGAGCUCACAAAGUUAUGGGAUGAUUUCAACACCACUGCUGCAAAACCUGAAAAUUACUGGGACAAAAACAGUUUGAAAGUUAAGCCAGUGUAUGGUGUUUCAAGGGAGUGGUGUUGUUUUAAGUUUCAUGAGCCAACAGUAGAAGAUAUUGCACAGCAUGUGGAACAAAAUUUUCCAAGAGUUAUCCAACCAAUUACAAAGAUAUUCACCCACUUGCCAUGCAAUACAAACUUGCUCAGUGUAUUUGACUGGUUCACUCAUGGCUUUCAUAGAAUGAAGAUGCGAUGUUUUCCUCCAGCAGUUUAUGAUACUGGACAUGGAUUUAAACUUGUGCGUUGA